GCUCCGUUAGCUCCGUUAGCCGGGCGGCGGCAGCAGAAGUCACUCGGAGCUCCGCCGCGCUCGUGAAUCAACCGUUAGCCUGCCCAGCUAGCAGCGCGCGGUCCGGGGGGGGGAGGCUCUUGUAUAUGUCGCCGUGCCGUCGUGCGUCACUUUCUGGCCGUUAGAGCGGGAGCGCGGUCUCCGUCGUCGCCGGUGUGAUGGAGCUCGACAAGAUGGACGAGAACGAGUGGAAGUAUCACGGAGAGGGGAACAAGAGCCUGGUGGUCUCCCACGAACAGCUUUCCAGAGUUCUCCGCCUGCUCAAGUAUCCCGCAGAGGACUCUGAAAACCCACCACAGACCGUGGAGCAGGCCUACCGGCAGAUCCAGAACAUUGUUGACUUCAGCUCCAACGUGAUGAGCAGCCUGCUGGGAGAGAAGUUCAUCCACAGCGGAGAAGUGGUCAAACUGCCGCUUGAGUUUGUGCGACAGCUUUCCAUCAAAGUUCAACAUCAAAGACCAGCAUGGCGCUGUGAUAAGGUGAUGGACAUAUACAGCGGUUGUGCUCUCUGUCUGCCCAACCUGACCUCUCCAGUCCUCCACCAGCCAACACACACUCCUCCGCUCUGCAUCGAGAUCAAGCCUAAAUGUGGCUUCCUGCCAUCCUCCAAACAUGUCAGCAAAGACAUCAAGACCAAAGUGUGCCGCUUCUGCAUGCACCAACACUACAAGGUUGCCAAUGGGAAGUGGAAGAGACGCAGUCUGUACUGUCCUCUAGAUCUGUUCUCAGGGAACAGACAGAGAAUGCACUUCGCCAUCAGACAUCUGAUAGAAGAACCUCAGAACAACUUCAAAAUCUUCAAGGGCGGGCAGUGUAUUUACAGCAGUAAGGAGGGCAGCGACGACUCGUUGGAUCUGAACUCUCUGCUGCAUCAUCUCAGACCGUACUUCCUGUAUGGAAACAACCGAAUCAACAGUCACAUGACCAGUAAAGCUGUUCUCAACGACUUCAUCCAGAUCCUGGUGAACGCCCUGCUGAGUGGUGGAGGAGGAGGUGGAGGGGUGGUGACGGACAGACAAGGGGAAGGACGAAGCUUCUGUGAAGCGAGUCUGUUCAACAAAGAGAGGAUUCGACACGGCUCUCAGGGUUUACCCAGCGACAGCGUGCUGUUCAGGAUUCUUCAGACUCAGAUGUUGGACACGCAGGACAUCGAAGGGCUUUAUCCUCUGUACCGCCGAGUGGAGCAACACCUGCAGGAGUUCCCCAAGGAGAGAUGUCGUCUCCAGAUGGACGGGCCGUACAACGAGGCCUUCCUGGAGAAGCUGCAGAAAUGUCCAACUGAGGACGACGGCUCUGUGGAGUACGCUGCCGCCAAGGUCCAUCAGUACCGCGUUGCCAUGACAGCCAAGGACUGCUCCAUAAUGGUCGCCCUGGUGCCCGGCAGCGAGGAAGAGGAGGAUGACGAAGGUCAGAGGCGGCUCAGGGACUUCCUCUCCUCCAGACCUCCUGCUUUCUCUUACUCUGUCUCCAUCUUGGAUCUGGACCCGAAGCCGUUCGACAGCAUCCCCCGCCAGCUGCGCCUCGACCAGAAGAUCGUCUCCUGCUACCUGAGGACCGGCGGUGCCUUGCCAAAGGGCUCUCUGCCGCCGCUCCCCGGCAUCUUCGCGGCGGCGGAGAGAGAGGACUGCACGCUGCUGUUCCACCCGGUGUGAGCGGCGUGCAGCCUCAGAGGAGGAGGUCGAGAAUCACGUCAGACCGGAGCCGUUUGUCCGAGACUUUACUGCAGCACUUUGAUUCAGCUCAACGUCAACGGCUCUAAAUCUCCACCAAGUUCGCCACUAAAUCUCCAGACGUUCAAGCGACUUCCAGAUGUUUCUGUUACCGAUUUUCUAGAGUUUUUGUGUCGCCGUGGCGACCGACUUCCCCGCUCCUGUCCGGGUUGAAUCCCAACGUCGCCGCUCUCCUCUGUCACGAUUCGUAUUUAUUAGAAAACUUUCAGCGAGCGUGAGUUCGGAUUGACCUCCUGACGGGACUUUUUUGCGGUUGUCCUGGCGACGAUCUCUGGCCGCUCGUUCUCCGCGGCGACGCUGCUGACGGCGACACUCCGAGAGAAAGGAAGGAAAAUAGGAAAAGAGAGUGAAAGUGAAGGAGAGAGAAAAGCAGGUCGUCGAGCGGUGACGUACUUAUGAUGUCAUUUCCUGAAUGUAGGCGGGGCCUCUGGUGGAGUCGGCGCAGAGGCGGAGCCAGUAUGUGUGUCCUGGUUGAACUGUGUUCUGUGAAGUAUCGCUAUGGUAACGGAAGCACUAGUUACCAUAGCUACAGCCACAGAAGGGGGGGGGGGCUGAACUGAUCACCAAACGGUCUGUGUGAGACAGUUGUUUUACCCAUAAUCCCUUGCAGACGUUUGGAUCCUGUGGUCUCCGCUGAGCCCCGUUCAGUUGGAGGUGGGAUGUUGAGAUGUUUUCGGGCGUUUGUGCCAAAAUGUUGAAGGUCAGAUGUUUGGAGGAAAGUGUCGUUAAAGGGUCAGUUCACCUAAAAUAAACGUUCUCAGUGAAAUCUGUUUGUUUUAUUCGUGCAGGUUUAAAAUAUAAACGUUUUUAAUAAUCACAGCACUGAAAAAUAAACAUUACAGUUCAGAAACUGUGUAACUGGAUCUAUCACACUGUUUAUAAAUAUCUUUCUCAAAUCUGAACACACUGAAUUCUACUAAAGUCGGAUCAGAACCUGCACAAAUAAAGACGAAGAGGGAAACAUAUGACGUAUGAGUGAUUUGGGUAAACUGACCCUUUAAGGUCCAGCAGGGACCUUUAACCUUUAACCUCUAACCUCUAACCAAGCAGCUCUCGUAGGUUCUUCAUGUAAAACCUCCUUUUUGGUGUCGAUAAAACAUUAUUUUAACUCUUUGUUGUCAGAAUAGGAUUCAGCUCGUUCUGUUGGAAGAAAACUUUUCUUUCAUUAGUCGUCUAACGUUCCCUCGUUGACUAACCCGGUAACGGUACGGUUACAUUACCCCCCCCCAUUAACAAUUUAACCCCAGACCACAAAUUCAACCACGAGUUCGCUGUUUUGGUCGGUCGAUCACUCUCGUGUUCAAUGCGUCCUCACACCGUACGCCGGCAGAGCAGAAGGCGUUAAAGCACGAGACGGUUUUAAACAGAAGAUCAAUCUCACCCACCGGAGCAAGGGCUUCUGGGUAACAGAGACGGGCCGAGCUUCAUGCUGCUGCUCCGCUGGUUUUCUUUGUGCCAUAAGUGGCUUGUUAUGUGUUUGUCCAUGUGCCUAAAUGUUCUGGUAGGACUGGAGGUUGGUGUGUGCGUGUGCGUGUGUGUGUGUGUGUGUGUGUGUGGAGAUAACUCACUUUGUUACAGGCUGCGUUCACAGCGGAGGUCAGUGUUGCAGCUGCUGUGGACGCAGCUGUGAACUCUCAGUACCUCGAACUCCUGGCGACCCGAAACAAAGCUCAACAGGGUCGUCUGAUGUUUGAAAGACGGCGUGUUCAGGAGCGCCGCGAGGUUUCUGAGGACGGCGAGGCUCGAACCCGUAGCAGCAGAUGAGUGUAUGAGGACUUUAGUCCAGACGUUGUUUGUGUUCGGGUUAUCUCGGGUCUUUGUGACCUCUGACCUCGUCGUCCUCUCGAACCAGCAGCACUCACGGAGGCUUUAGAUAAACUGGUAACACUUGACUUCAGUUCCUCUGUUCACAGCGUCCGCUCUCCGACCGCCAUCAGACAUCAGAUCACACUACAGCACUGAAACCCGUCAGCUGAUCCACCCAGACCAGAUCAGUAAUCUGUUGAAUCCAAACACUAAAACAGGUUUAAAACUUCAGAUGUCAGUCGGUCGACCGGCGGACAGAUUCUGUCGAACACUCAUCACUCCGACAGUUUGUCCUUUCAGUCACAUCGUUGUCUGGGAGACGGACGAGUUAAAGGCAGGAGAGCGGACGGCAGUCGAACUGAACCAACCACUGAUCGUUCUAACUGUUGAACUGAAGACGCAACAGGCAGCGAGGCAGGAGAGCAGAGGCUCAUGGGAAUUAGAGGCUCAUAGAUCUGAUGUUACUAUGACUUUGGUUUCGAUUUGACACUUCAGUAUAAAACUUUACACCAAAGCAACCGAUCAUUAAUGUCGCAGCUACGUCUGAACAGAAAACUCAUUAAAAUGUUCUGUGAACUUAAAAUUGAUUCUGAUUCGGUUUUUAUAAUCUGUAAGAAAACAGCCACAGUUUGUGUCUCGUGGACGAUGGACGUGUUUAUAAUUUGAGGUUUCACGUUAUCAGACAGCUUAUAACACGGCGCAUUAACAACGUAACCAUAAAAUAUAUGUUCUGUUAUCUUGAACAACUCAUUUUGGCUGAUGUGAAAUCUUUAUUGGUUAGUUUGUAAACUGUAAUUACAAUAAACCGUCACAUCCAUAAACUCUGAAGGUCCAACCGCACACUGAUCUCUCGUUCCUACGCGGCCGCGACGCUUCGACCCCAAACAUUUGUUCUUAGAUUGAAACGUUACGUUUAGAAUAAAAAGUGUGAACGAGAGAUCAGAGUGUCUUUCUAUCAGUAACUUUAUUUCCUGAUCCAGACACUAAAGUUAUUACGAAUAUAAAUAUAAAAUAAAUAUAUAAGAUAAAACUCUUUCUGUCUGUUUAUUCUUUAACAAUCAGUUCACUUACUUACUUUAGAGCUUUCAGCUGUUUAACAUCAUCAGUAUGUUGAGUUUGUUGAUGUGAAGUUUAAACAUCAACAACUGAGUGACGGUCCAACGCUCCAGAACGAGUUGAGUUUUAUCAGUUUCUAGUUUUAAAUUGCGGUUUAUAAAUAAAUCUGAAUUAAAUAAUUUACCAUCUUUGUGUUGUUUAGGAAAUAAAACUUCAACCUUUUACGACUUAUCAGAGAUUUAAUACAACGAUGAGACGAAGACACAAACUGAGGCUCUAAAAACUGAAGAUUAAUAAACUAAAAGUUCAGACCUUCCUGUCCUCGGGAGGUGAAGCUCCGACAGGUGAAGCUCCGACAGGUGAAGCCGGCGUCUGAUUGGUCGGUUGCCUCCGCCCGCUGCCUGAGCGUCAGCCCGCAGAAACAUCACAGCACUGUGAUUCCUACAGACUUCUAAUAACUGCGUGUGUGUAAAUAGCUGAGAGAGGAAAACUAUUUGAGAAUACAAAGGCGACACUGCUGUCUGGCAUUUUGUAUUUAAAUUAUUUAUUUUUGUAGAUUUUGACCGGUGAGCUCUGCUGUCACAGUCGGGCUCUUUCUAUUGAAUAAAGAUUUAUAAGAGACUAAA